CCGGAAAGCAAUGGCGGAUCAUGGGGCCUUUGUGCCCGGAAGUUAGCAUCCAACAUUAACAGCGGCGUCGUCCGGAAUCUCACUUCUCUUCUUGAUAAGACCCGCCCUACGUAGCAUCCAAGUGCUGUGAUUGGCCCGCGUCGUAGCUACAGUAAAUGUUUGUUAGCGGAUGAACAGACGACUGAUGCACUUUGAAAGGCGAUUGAAGAAAGAUAUUUUUUAUUCUCUGCACAACAGGUUUAAAUUACAAUGUGCACUACAGCCCUUUUUGGAUUCCCGCUCACUAAAUUGAAUAAUUUAGAGAAUGUUAACAGAUAACAAUACGAGCUAAUUAGGACACUUUUUUCCUCAGACGGAUUAAACCAGAAUACCAGAUGUAUUCAUCACAUCUGUGUCAAAGUGUGAAAUUGAACUAAAAUGUCAAAAGAGAGAAUACUAUUGCCCUCUGCUCCAAAUAAAUCUCUGUGACAUAUGUGGAAAGUGAACAUAGCGUCCCUUGCUAAUUGAUUGCUGUAUUGAUUCCACGUCGGCUCGAUUUAGGUCAGACCUCACACACAUUGACUGAACAACGGUCAGUUUUUAACAAUCUGACGAGUCGGACACUUUAAAAAACUCUCUUCAAGAGUGAAUUUUCAAAUGUUGUUCAUUCUCAUGGCGCACUGAGUGAUAUGGCCUGCCUGAAUCUGUGGAAUGCAAUGCCUCUGAUUCUGUUUUUUUCUGAUAAAAUCCUCAUGCUUCUCAACGGAAAGUGAGGAGGAUGCUGAGCCGAACAGAACACAGAGGUGUGUGCAGGCUGAUAUCUUCAGUGAUGUCUGGAACAGAGUCUCAUACAGACAGAGAGGAGGACUACAGGUUCCUCCACAGCAUGUUGAUGGAGAAGAAGCUUCAUCUGCUCUUUAAGAUCCACGAGCGGCUGAGGCGCUUUGAGAAGCGUGGCCCCGUCCCGGUCCAAGACCACGCAGCGGGUCUGGCCUCAGAUUUGGCGGAGGAGCUGAUAUGCCAAUGCGGGAGGGACAGAGUCAAAGAACUGGCUGCCCUCCUUUCCAAACCCAACUUUAAGAGUCUCCUGUCCGUCCAUGACGCUGUAGCUCAGAGAGACUUUGAGCCCAGUCUGCCACCAUUAAGUGACGACUCAUUGGAGGAUGACCAGGAUUCGGUCAAAAUUGUCAGUCUGGUCAAAACUAAAGACCCCCUGGGGGCAACAAUUAGGAGGGAUAGAGCCACUGGGGCUAUUGUUGUGGCGAGGAUCAUGCGAGGAGGUGCGGCUGAUAAAAGCGGUCUGAUCCAUGAAGGAGAUGAGCUAAAGGAGGUGAAUGGAGUCUCACUGGAGCACAUGAAGCCAAAGGAAAUCCUUCCUCUUCUGACUGGUUCUCAGGGUGAAGUUACAUUCAAAAUUGUUCCUGCCUCCACCACAGAAGAAAUGUCAUCCAAUAAGAAGCUGUUUAUGCGGGCUCUGUUUGACUACGACCCUAAUGACGACCCCGCCGUUCCAUGCAAGGAUGCAGCGGUGGCCUUCAAAAGAGGGGACGUCCUUCGCGUCGUCAGCAUGGAGGACGACACCUGGUGGCAGGCGUGUCGCCUCGGGGACGGCAGCACCCGGGCCGGGCUCAUCCCCUCGCAGCAGCUCCAUGAGAGGAGAGUUGCCCUACAGCGACCUAAAGCCCUGUUCACGCCUCAACGAGUCAGGCAACCGCCAGAUGAGGAGGAAGUCAUUGAGGAUGUAGACUACAGAGCGAUAACAGGGAUCAACAUUGCUGGUUUAAGAAGGAGUUUCCGACUUGGGAGAAAGAGCGGCCGGGACGGAGAAGCGGCUCGGUCCAAGAGGUGGAGCGCGGGGCUCCAUCCCCGCAGCUCCAUCCGUCCUCCUACCUACAAAGAAGUGAUCCCCUACCACAGAGACCCCAAAGACCGACACCGUCUGGUUGUUCUGGUUGGGCCCGGCGGCGUGGGCGUCGAUGAACUGAAGAGGAGGCUCCUGAUCUCCGACCCCGACCUCUUCGGCGUCACUGUACCGUACACCACGCGCGAGAGGAGCAGGCUGGAGACCGAAGGGGUGGAUUAUCAUUUUGUGUCAGUCCACAUGUUCGAAGAGGACAUUCUCAAUCAUAGGUUUGUGGAAUAUGGGAGGUACAAAGGACACUACUAUGGAACCAGUCUAGACUCGGUGCACAGAGUAAUGGCUGAGGGCAAGGUGUGCCUGCUGGACGUGCACCCUAAUAAAAUAAAGCACGUGUACACGUCUGAAUUCAAGCCAUACGUGGUGUUCGUGAGGCCCCCAUCUAUAGAAGAGCUACGCAUCACCCGACGGAGAGCGAAAUUCCUCUCCGACGAGGAGGACGAGAACUCAGCCAGGAUCUUUACAGAGGAGGAUUUUGAAGACAUGAUUAACUCGGCUGAAACCAUAGAAAGUCAGUGCGGUCACUUGUUUGACAAGGAGAUCGUCAACGGUGAUGUGGCCGUGGCUUUUAGAGAGCUGAAGGUGGACCUUGAGAAUUUGAAAGAGGCAAAAGUCCAGUGGAUUCCUGCAAAGUGGAUUUGCUCUUUACCAACAAACGCACAGAGAAGUGUUGGUCAUUCGGGUGGCUGGAUUUGAACUUCCAAAGACUAAAAUAUUUUUUAAAAACAGGUAUAAAUGGCUUCUAGUUAGAAUUCAACAACAUGAACCAUUUCAUUUUUGUCAUAUUUCAAAUAUUUGUCCUGAUUUGUGAUGACAACAGUUUUCCACAGUGUCUCGUAGCGUGUUUCCAAUUAAGCAAACACAAUCCAUCCCUCUCUCUCACUCUCUCUCUCUCUCUCUCGCUCUCUCUCUCUCUCUCCCUCUCUCUCUCUCUCCCCGUCUGUCCAAGAGCCAGUUUUCCUGUUGGCAUUUGGCUGAAAUAACGUCGGCUUGCGGGGCUGAGAAGUAGAAGAAAAAAAAAAAAGGAAACUGUCCAGAGAACCUCUACUUGUGGCUGAGUGUAAUCCCUCCCUGCCAAAUCGCAAACAUCAGCAUGUAAUUACUCUGACAGCUGCUGCACUUCAAUUAACUGUAAUGUACACCAGAGAAAUAUUAUUAGUAGCAGUCGGGAAAGCCUUUUUCCAAAAAUGCUGUGCAAAAUAGCGACACAAACAAGAUAACAGUCCAUCUAAAACCUGUAGAUGAUGAAGAAAUGGCUGUUUAAUAGCGGCAUGUUUAAUAGCGGCAUGUUUAAUAGCGGCAUGUUUCAGAGCGUGUACAUGACCACGGUGCUGCAAAUCUACACCACAGACAUUAAAUUGUAAAGAAGACUUUUAUUGACAGUCAUUUCGAGACAGUUUUGAAUAAUUGGAGAGUCGCCAUUAUAGACACUCCAUUAAUAAAUGCUCAUGUUUGAGCAUCGCAGCUGCCUGUUGGAGACACAUGCAAAUGUUUGCCGUCACACAACCUACUUAAUCCAAUUUCUUUUUUUAAUGGCCGCAUUCCUCCAACGUUCGUGGUGUUUCCUUCUCCCCUUUUUGGAUGCCGCGCUCAAUUGGGUGUGAAGGGGUGUUAAUGUGUCUGUCAUGUCGUGUUUGUGAGGAAGAGGGAGCGGUGUGAUGUGUGCAGACGGUAACGGCUUUCUAGGGACGCGGGCCUUCGCAGACGUACGCAGAGAAAGUAACGACCGCACAUAAAAGCCUACUGUAAAAGCAUGGCGAGGCUUUAUAAUUUGGGAAUUAGGCUCCGGGGGAUAAAAUGCAUGCCAUUUUGGCCUGAAGUAUUUAUUUAAGCUUAGCCAGCUUCUUGUCAGCGUCUGAGAUGGAUGGGUAGAGAUGUACACAUGGGCGCGUCCGCGUGUCGCAGGGGCAUCCGAUCCUCUCAGGAAACAACAGACGUGCUUUUCCCGGGCCUCAGGCAAAGCGCAGCGGCAUAACUUCACCAAACCGCGGAGGAUCCGCGGGCACCGUCUGAGAUCAUUACGAUGCCAUUUAAGACAUCCAAUGAAAACCUGCCGUUUUAUUUUCACCUCUGCUCCUACGUGAAACAUUACGCAGAAGUAUGAUGUCAAUUGGUCUCGGAUAAUUAGGCCCAAUCACCUAACUGUUUAUUUUAAAUGUGUUGAAAAUAAAUAUGACUGACUUAAACUAUG